UUACAGUCUACAGAUAUGGCUGAGCCGAAAGCCGCGCCUGCUCCUAAGAAGGGCUCGAAAAAAGCCGUUUCUAAGAACCAAGCUAAGGGAGGAAAGAAACGUAGAAAGUCCAGGAGGGAAAGCUAUGCUAUCUACGUGUACAAGGUGUUGAAGCAAGUUCAUCCCGAUACGGGUAUUUCUUCUAAAGCAAUGGGCAUUAUGAACUCGUUUGUGAAUGACAUCUUCGAGCGUAUCGCCGGUGAGGCUUCUCGCCUUGCGCACUACAACAAGCGCUCCACCAUUUCUUCCCGGGAGAUCCAGACUGCUGUAAAGCUCCUUCUACCGGGAGAGCUUGCAAAGCACGCCGUGUCGGAGGGCACCAAGGCCGUUACCAAGUACACCAGUUCCAAGUAAACCGCGAAAUGUUUGCUAGAAACCAACGGCUCUUUUCAGAGCCACC